AAGUGAUCAUCAAGAAUGGGAGACGAAGAUGCAGGUGAACCCUUUGUGGACACAGAUUACGAAGGCAUCCUUCCCUCAGAUACAAUUUCCCUGAGUGAUUCAGAUUCAGAAGAUUUUGAGUUUGCAGGCAGUGCUGAAGUUGAUGUUGUGUCCCCUGAGGAGCCGCUUCCUUCAGAUGACGUGGAUUGUGAAUCAAAUAAGAGUGGGGACUCUUUGCACAACAGCAUAAAAUCAGUUGUUCAGCCCUUUCAUUUGAAAGGCAUGAGCUCAAGCUUUUCACAGCGCAGCCAGAACAUUUUUGAUUGUCUGGAAGGAGCAGCCAAGCAGGCAGUGCCCUUGACGGGUGAAGACAAUGUCAUUGAUAAAAGGUUAAUCCCUCUGCCACCACUCAGCCUUUCAAACAAGAUGACUGCGGAAAGCUUUGGAAAACAACGUGAGCCAAUUCAGUCUUAUAAAAGUUCCCCGCCAGUACCUGAUUAUGUGGCCCAUCCAGAACGCUGGACCAAGUACAGUUUGGAGAAUGUUGCAGAAUGUAGUGAUGAUACCAACAGAUCAAUUGCUAUGGAGUUCUUGAGUGGCUUGAACAAGGGUAGAAAGCAACAAAGCUCAACACGUCCUGAAAAUUAUAUAUCAUCUUUCAACCAGGAUGCUUCUAGCUCUGGUGCAGGAAGAAUUAUCUUUAGUAAACCAGUAAAGGCAGGCUUAGACAGAUCAGACAAAAAAAGGGGAGCUUCAACAGAGGAAAAGUUGAAGGCCAACAUUAUUAAUGCAAACCAAGAGGCCAGUGGAAGGCCUCUGGGUAACUUGGAUGCCCAGAACAAAGGUGAUGUAGUUGUACUAGGUCCCUCAGAAAGCAAAGAGAAAAAAAAGGAAGAUUGGGAGCCACUGAAAUUGGAAGAACGAGGUGCUCGAAGAGCCAACACAGGUUCUCCAGAGGUGCCUGAAGAGAAUGUGACAACAACCAUUGGGUUUCACGGUAGCAAGAAAAGAAGUAGGAAACAUUUCUGACCCAAAGCUAACCAUGAUGAAGAAGAAGAAUCCUAAAAGCCAGAAACAUAUUUGUCUUUUUCCAAUGAUAGCUUACUCAGAAUAUUAUCUUCAUCAUUUCCAUGAAUUUGGGCAAUUGUUUUUCUUAACAUGCUUGUUGCUGUGACUAAGAAUACUUGUAACUUUGCCCUUUCCAACAAAAUCCCGCUGUGUUUUGCAAUAAAUAUAAGACAUUUUGCCUUGACAUAGUCCAACAAUAUAUGUGGAGUUUCUGUUUAUGAAGGGAGGCUCAGCUAUUCAUACCAAAACUUUUUGACAGUAUUGAUAUCUCAACCAAUUCAUAACUGACAAAACAUAUCUUGUGGAUGAGGUACAAGAUUUAUCAAUUUAUUGUAGCUGAGGCAAAGGUUUAACCAAUAUUAUUCCGCAGUAUGAAUAAAAAUAAAAGCAUGAAAUAUGACAACUCGUACGUUGUU